AUGAGAGGGUUGCACACUCGCUUGCUGCUGCAAUCAAGGCGAAAGCUGAGCACUGCAAAUGUAUUUUCACGUCAAUCAGUGUGCAGUAUCUAUCCUACAACAAUCAAACAAAUCCAUGACCCAUCACCAUCUGAACUGCUUCGAUUCGCGCUAACAGAUUCAACUGAGCCAAUUCAUGAAUCGAAUACUAACGAGGUCAUAUCUGAGCACCUUCGUGGACUUUUUGUCACUGAAUGGAAGCCCAACGCUCUACCUCUGCCGCUGUGGACUUCUCUCAAAGGGGCUACAUCGCGAAACCGAGAGUUGCUGUGGGAUGCCAAUAACGACAUUGCCGAUGUCUCUUCCCUGGGGAGUCUAAUUGAGAGAUAUGUCAACGACAGGCGUGGAGCAGAGAUCUUGCAGAGUUCUAAUUGUGAGCCAUUACAUCACGCUUUGCGAUGCUGUCAACGGAAAAACACACUAGCAGAAAUCCUAUCUGUGCUACGUGACUUGUUUGCAAGACUGAAGCGUCUCCAGCUUCCUAUCCAACCUGUGAUGUACACUAUAGCGUUAUACUUCGCAUCUUUUGAUCUUUCGGCUUCAGAUAUCAGGCACUGCUUGGAUGGGCACCACCAGAUGGGCCUUCCAGCCCUAAGUCUCAACGACAGUUUGCGGGUAGUCCGAUAUUGCUCUGAGGCACUUGACCGCAAAUUUUUUGAGGACCCGUACUAUGAUUCCAAUCCCAUCCUUGCUGAGAUUACAGGCGAAGGAGAACUCGAGACACAAAUUCCCAAUUUACAUGAUACAUUGUUCUGGACGCAGUCGACUCGUCGAAUUGGCAACCGAUUCGAUUCUACAACCAAGGCCCAGGAGUAUAUCUGCCUACUUGCUAGGCUUGGGAGCGACAAAGUGCUGCACAGAUGCUGGUCUCAUUUUUUAAAUAAUAUUCAGCCUAAAGACCAUCAAAGCUGCAUCGCUGCCUAUCAGGUAGUGCUAGCUCUAGUCCAAAAUUUUCAGUCAGAAACAGCAGCAAAAUGGUUGGAAGAUAUCUCUCAACAUUGUGGCGAUAACUUGCCAUUCAUUGCCAAGUUCCCGCAUAUUCGAUUCCUCCUUGAUGAUCCUAUUGUGGGCGAGGCAUUACCUGACCUAGUGAGGGGGAAGGACUACCUCAAACUACUUGUGUUUUGCCUUGAAGACAUGGAUCGAAGGAUGGGUGUUCAAUGGAGCCCUGGUAGUCGAAGCCAUUUCAGUACGGCCUUGGAUCCCUCAGAAACAAUCUGGGAAGCAUUCGAUGAUCAACGUUUGCCCAAAAUUAAUAACAAAUCCGUUGAAUCUAAUAAUGGAGGACAGUUGUAUGCAGAACUCUAUGUUCAUGGCUGCUCCAAGUCUCCGGCUACACUGGGGAGGAUUGUAGAUCUGUUGAAUGACCACGAUGGACAAUCCCAAAAGAUAGUCACUCAUCUUGACUACAACGCGGGACGACUUAAUGAAUUCCACUCCAAAUUUGCAUCACUUGAAUUCCGAUGGGUACCAGAACACUCCCCGAUCGAAUUUUCCAACUCCCAAAUUCCGGCGCUGCAUGAUUCCUCUAAGCCUAUGACCCCAUCUACCCUAGGCCUUAUUCGGGCCCGUUUGAUCAUUCAUGGAGUUCCUCAAAUGGGGGUCGACAACUUACAUUUGAUGCAAGUCGGCUGUAUGGAUAUGCGGUAUGGACCAGAUGAACCAUGGCAGCCAUCAGGCUACAUCGUGGUUUGGGACCGUCAUUAUGGGGAACUCCUCGGGCUUUACGUUGGGCAGAAUACCGGGGUCAUUGACAGUGGACCAGCACCUUCAGAUGGCCCUCUUGGUGCAUUGAUGCAUCUCACGCUCUCAGCCAAUCCUGAGCGAACAUUUUAUCCAAGUGGCACACGCACUCGUUUUCGAAAUUGCUGGGGACCUUACUAUCUGGAUAUAGAUCCAAGUGCAGAUCUAGAGUAUUAA